ACGAGAACUCAUCGAGAGAUGCCGCACUUGCAGAACAUCGAGCGGGAUUUUCCCCUUAACUGGACCUUGAAUCCCAUUCGGAUCUCGAGUAGUCUCGCCGUAAAUACUCUUUCUCUAUAUCGAAAGAUUUCGCACAACAUGUGGCGCUGUUGCACCCAAUUUUGCCACAGUCCCAAGUUCCAGCGAUAUGUUAGGUGAGCUUGGCUACAAUGAUAUAUGUGCAUAUAGAACAAGGGUCUCUACCUAAAUC